UUUCACAUUUUUGGCUGCGUCUGCGGUCUGCGAUUGAUAAUAAUUUGAUAAACUUUUAUAAGCCAAGUAACUAUUUAUAUGCGAUGAAAGCAUUGUAAAAUAAUGAACAUUUGUGUUUAUCUACAGUUGUUUCAAAAUAUUCCGCAACUUUCAGUUUCAGUGUAGUUUAUUCAUUAAUAAUAAUGACGUUUUUAGGCAUAAAGUUGCUUGUCACUACCCUUAUCAAACAAAAUUAUUAUGCUUCUAGGUUAAAGGCUCGGAAGCCAAUUCAAAGAUUUUUCUGGUCUGCAUUAUCAAAACGUCAAUUCAGUACCACGUCAUUAGUUGAUGCACCUACACCAGUACACGCACCUCCGCUAACAAUCUUUUCUGAGGAUGAAGCUCUUCUCAAGGAAACAGCAAACAAGUUCGCAGACGAAAUGGUCGCUCCCCUUGUCAAGAAAAUGGAAAAAGACAAGAAAAUUGACGAAGGACUCCUGAAAGCUCUUUUUGAUAAUGGGUUCAUGGGCCUGGAGAUAGACACUAAGUACGGUGGUGCAGGGUCUUCGUUUUUCUCUAGCAUUCUGAUAAUAGAGGAGAUAUCGAGGGUCGACCCAGCUCUGAGCAUCAUAGUCGACAUUCAAAAUACUCUCGUCAAUGCGAUGAUAGCCAAGCUGGGCACGCAGCAACAGAAAGACAAGUACUUGCCAAGGCUUGCUACUGAUAUGGCUUCGAGCUUCUGCUUAUCAGAAACGCAAUCUGGCUCCGAUGCGUUUGCGCUGAGAACGAAGGCUGUCAAGGAGGGAAGUGACUACAUUAUCAACGGCUCCAAAAUGUGGAUUUCCAAUUCAGAUGUGGCCGGC